AGAUUCGCAAAAAUGUGGAUUUUGCUGAGAGGUCUAUUACUGUUUUUCUGUCUUCUUGGGCCCAGCAGUUUAUCUAGCUCGAAAAAUGACAUUAGCAUUGUGCUGGCAUUCAAUUUCACUGUUGGAAGCUGUUCUAGUCCAAAUGGAAGUCCAGUUGUCUCUCUAAGAGGGAGAUGCACAAAAUGCCCAGAGCAGGACUUAAUAUGCCAGACCUUUAGUAGGGCUGAAGCAGCAAGUGAAUUGUCUGUUAAUAUAACAACAACAAGAAAUGAAUGGAUGCGCUUUCAGUGGAUUGAUCACAAUAAUACUACCUGCCCUGUGACAAUAAGCUGGGGGAAGCUUACAUAUGAAGAUUAUGCAUCAUAUUUAAGACUUUGUCCUGAACCAUCACAAACUUUAAGUGUUAGAAUUAGAUUGAAGCCAAAUAAUAAAUUCCAAAAUCAUAGUGCAGCAACUGAGCGUUGCUCUCAACUUACAGUUUCUUCAAGACCACUUUGCUCAGUGGACCCAACUACUGCAUUCUCUUUCACUACCAAUUCAGCAUCAGCAAAAUCAGAACUUUUAUCUGCAAUUUAUCAACAUUUUACAGUCCCAAUAUCUAUUUUAUCAUUCUCCUCUACCAGUGUAUAUCCAACCACAUCAUCAAUGCUCAGUCUAUCAUCCACACCUGAAUUCUCCUCUACCAGUGUAUAUCCAACCACAUCAUCAAUGUUCAGUCUAUCAUCCUCACCUGAAUUCUCCUCUACCAGUGUAUAUCCAACCACAUCAUCAAUGCUCAGUGUAUCAUCUACACCUGAAUUCUCCUCUACCAGUGUAUAUCCAACCACAUCAUCAAUGCUCAGUCUAUCAUCCUCACCUGAAUUCUCCUCUACCAGUGUAUAUCUAACCACAUUAUCAAUGCUCAGUCUAUCAUCCUCACCUGAAUUCUCUUCUACCAGUGUAUACCCAACCACAUCAUCAAUGCUCAGUCUAUCAUCCACACCUGAAUUCUCCUCUACCAGUGUAUACCCAACCACAUCAUCAAUGCUCAGUCUAUCAUCCUCACCUGAAUUCUCUUCUACCAGUGUAUAUCCAACCACAUCAUCAAUG